AUGCCUUCGGCGAAGAAAAGGAAGGAGGAUACAGCGGCCGCGCCCCCUUCUGCGGAGAAAGGAGGCGACAGCACUCGCACCUCCCCAGACCGGUCGCCCUCACGAGGUCAAGGGGAGCAUCGCCAGGAGGAGUCAGCCCCCAUGGCCCCGCUGGCUCCAGAAGUGCCGGUGCCUGGCUCGGCUGAUGAGGUUCCAAAGGCUCAGGAGCCCUUGAUCUCCCAGGCUCUGGUGACGACGCCGCCCCCUCCUCCUGCUGCACCUCUGGCCCUAGGUUCUUUUGCUUCCUCUGCCGCCUUGGAGCGUGUCCUUUCAGAGAUGGCCCAGCUGCGGGAAGAUCUCCUAGGCGCGGACCCGCGUCUGGUAGCCGGGCGCCUGGAGCUGGCCUCCGGCUGGCUUCACUCUGAUUCGGCGGUACGAGCAUCAUUGAGCCAGGCCGCCGCGGCCUCCGAGAAGGAGAAGCAGGCUGCCGCCAAAGCUGCGGCCGAUCGCGAGGUGGCACUGAAGGACGCCGAGGUCGCCCGCAACCGCUGCCGGGAGCUCGAGGGCGAGCUGAAGAGCUUGCGCGACCAGCUCGCGGGAGAAGUACAUGGCCGCCAGGCGAAGGAGGAGGAGAUGAGGGCCCAGGAGGACACCAUCAAGGGCCGCGACACCGAGCUGGCAGAGUUGGUGAAGGCGCAGGCCGCGGAGCGCAGCCGGCUGGAGGAGUUGGAGUGGAAGGCGAAGGCGAAGGAGGCCGAUCUUGACGGCAAGGCGCUUGAGGAAGUCGUGGAGGGCAUCGGCCCCAUGGCUGAGGCUGAGGCUCGUGUUCUUUCUUCAGCUGCACUGACGUGUGUCUUCAGCCACUUGUAUCUUCACGACCCUAGUGCUCGUCUUGAUGAGCUGUUGGAGCCUGUAGCUGAAGAACACUGCACGGCCGCCGCCGCAGCCGUGAAAGGUCAAGUGGAGGCCCUGCCGAAGAAGUUGCACGGCUUCGUCCUCGUGUCCUCGACCGGCGAUGUCAUCGAUCCUACGGCUCCAUCUGGCGGUGCAAGUGAAGGCGACGCUAGCAAGGGAGGGGCACCUUCUGCGGGUGAUGGUGGUGUACAGGAGUGA